AUGAAGAUUAACAAUAUAAUAACGGAUUAGAUAAUAGCAAAUAUAUUUUAAUUAUUAAAUCUAGUGGAGAUUACUUUUUUAAAAAAGAUUAAAUUGCUUAUCGAUAAGAAAUGUUAGAAAAAUAAGGCCAUGGAAGUUUUUGGUAAUGUUUUUAAGGUUCAUGAUCAUAAAAAUAAAUAAAAUACUACCUUAAAAAUAAAAAAAAAAUAAAAAAAAAUUUUAUAAUCAAGCUCUCAUUGA